AUGGCGUCGGCUACUGAGUCUUCCCCUCUGCUCCCUCAAUAUCACCAUGCUGCAUCCUCCAAUACGUCACCGCGAGGGAACCGGCCUCCUCGUACUGUGACGUUCAAUCCCCUCACAACCGUCAGUACAUACCACGACUCAGCUUCUGCAGAUCCGAAGUUUAAACCUUUGGCUUCUGGCAAUUCUUCACUCGCCAACUCAAGACCGACUGGGCUAUCUGCUCUGAACAGCAAGCUUCGCCGUCGCAACAGCCAUGGAGCUCCUGGCUCGGUCGCUUCUUCGUAUCCAGCCUCAAAGAUCGGGCCGCAGAGAACGACAAAAACUGCGCAAAAAUUGAAACUUCUACCCGACCCUAUAACAGAGGAGGAGCUUGUUGAUGAGGAGACAUCUCCCUCCGACGUAUACAGACAAAUCGCGCGGAUAAAGGAACCUGCUGCUCGAAGUCUUGCGGCGAAGCUGGGAAAGGCAGAUAGAGACAGAUUACCCCGGGUAACGGCGUACUGUACAGCCAAUUCUUAUCGUCUAGACGGCGUGUUCAAGUUCCUAAAGUCACGGUCCAAAACACGCGGUGCCAAUCCCAAAUUGUUCGAUGAAUGCGUCUACUCGCGGUUUGACUACCAGUUUGAAGCAAAACAGAAAGCUGGAAACCAUUCCAAUAAUGUCGAUUCGGAAAACACUCAUACGGUCGAUAGGAUGCCUAGGGAACGAAGGUUCUCGGACAGUGCGGUGGAGGUCAACGAGGACUUCGGCAAUAGGCGAGAGGAGCUCAUCGACUUGCAUGAUCGCGACUCCCAUCAACAGAAUGCGACAGAAGCCUCUGUGCUCGAUAAUGCCCCGGAUAUCGACACCACUAUUCAUGCUCCGGAAGUGUUUCUUUUCGAUUAUGGCACUGUUGUCAUAUGGGGCAUGACACCUGCGCAAGAGUCUCGAUUUUUGUCGGAUAUAUCUAAAUUUGCAACCUCAAUUCUAAGUCCGGAAGACACCCAGGUGGAGAACUUCAACUUUUAUUAUGCCCGCGAAUACCAGGCCCGAAUUUACAACGAUUUCAUUUCUCUGCGCGACCCCCGAAACUAUAUGAUUAAGCUCGCCAUUUCACAUGCACUAGCUCAGUCGGUGAAGACGUCUCUCUUUGAAGAUCUUGUAUCCGAAACAAUCUCAAACACGGCGCCAUUGCCGGCCCAGAUCGCGCAAACUGGAAGCGUCAACCUCUCAAGACGGCAGAUCAAUAUGCAAGUCGGAGAACUAUUUAUACUACGUAUCAAUAUCCACCUUCAGGGCUCGGUGUUGGAUAGCCCCGAGUUGAUGUGGGCAGAGCCACAGCUGGAGCCUGUAUACCAAGCUGUCCGAAGUUACCUGGAAAUGGACCAGCGCGUGAGUCUUUUGACCGAACGAUUAGAUGUAAUAGCAGAUCUUCUUGCUGUGUUGAAAGACCAAUUAACUCACCGUCACGGUGAGUACCUUGAGUGGAUCGUGAUUGUCCUCAUCGCAGCAGAAAUCCUUGUGGCCGCUAUCAACAUUGUUGUUGAUCUCUAUGCUGGCGUUGAAUAGACGCGGUAUAUUGUAACACAGUUCCGCAAUUGCAUUCAGGCGUCGGAGUUGGAGGAGUCGCUCGUACUGAGGAAAUUUCUGCUACUGUACAUACUCCAUUCACACCUCGGAAGAUAUGAGGUCUUUGAUCAGGUCGAAUAAGUACGCCGAACAUA